CAGAGAGCUGGGGAGUCCGGAGGGCAAGAGAGAAAGAAAGAGAGAGGGAGAGAGAGAGGGAGAGAAAGGAAGAGGGAGGCUGACCCACUCCCCUCCCCUCUCUCCCCCCAAAGAAGGGGGCUCCCGGUGGCAAGGAUGCUGGCCUCAGCCCCGGUGCUCCUCUCCCUCCCGAUCCCUUCUCCCGAGCGGACAGCUGGGGCCGAACCCGCUACAAGCGCCGGGGAGGAGAGGGAUCCUCACGGGGCCUCGAAGUGAAGCCCAGAGGAGGAGGAGGAGGAGGGGGAGGAAGAGUGGGAGGAGGAAGGAAGGAGGAGGAGGGAAGGCACCGCUGGCUGAAGUUGGGGCUCUGACCCCCUCCCCACCCUCCGGGCCAAAAAAAGGAAAGGCCAAAGGAAAGCCCAAGGGAAGGCAGGCAGGAAGGCAGGCAGGCUCCCUCUUGCUUGACUCUUCGUCCUCCUUCUUCUCCCUUGGAAGCACCAUGCAGCUGGCCUUAGGGGCGAGGAUGACGAUGGCCCUGGGCAGCCUCUUCGGCCUCCUGGGCCACUCCGGGCAGGACAGCAGCCGGGCCAGGCCAGCUCAGCUGCUGGAGACCCUGAAGGAGUACGAGAUAGUGACACCGACACGGGUGAAUGAGUUUGGAGAGCCCUUCCCUACCACAGUCCACUUUCCAAGGAAGAAGCGGAGCCUUCCUUUGGACAUUGAGCCCUGGGGCCUGGAUUCUACCUCCUCCUCCACCUCUUCCUCCUCCUCCUCCUCCUCUUUUUCUCCUACCACCCAAGCACACUACAAACUCACAGCCUUUGGGCAGCACUUCUUUUUCAACCUUACAGCCCACUCGGGAUUUAUUGCCCCUCUUUUCACUGUCAGUUUCCUUGGCGAGCAGGAGGCUAACCAAACAAACUUCUACACUAAGGAGCAAAGCGAUGUCAAGCACUGUUUUUAUAAAGGACAUGUCAAUACGGAUCCCCAACACAUGGCAGUCAUCAGCCUCUGUUCCGGGAUGCUAGGCACAUUCAGGUCUCAUGAUGGAGAGUAUUUCAUAGAGCCGCUCAUAUCACCUGACCAGCAAAAGUACGAAGAGGAGCACAAAAAACCACAUGUAGUCUACAGACGCAGUGUACCUCCAACAUUCCCGCCAGAAGACAAGCAAACUUGUGACACUUCAGGGCAUGCAAAAAAUCACAGGAAGUUUAAGAGGAGAAGCAAAACGGGACAGUGGCCCCCCAAUGUCGUUUUAUCUGAUAUAGAGUCAUUGAAACAUAGCUUAGCCUCAGAGCAGCUUCCUGCAACCAAUAAAAACAGAACGGGCAGCAUAAGAGGCAUGAAUACACGCCGCAGAACCAAGCGAUUUCUCUCCUAUCCUCGAUACGUAGAAGUUAUGGUAGUGGCAGACAGCCGAAUGGUCGCUUACCAUGGAGCAAACCUUGAGCACUACAUUUUGACCUUAAUGUCCAUAGUAGCAUCUAUUUAUAAAGAUCCAAGCAUUGGAAAUUUAAUUAAUAUUGUUGUUGUGAAUUUAGCAGUCAUUCCUAAUGAACAGGAUGGUCCUUCUAUAUCUUACAAUGCUCAGACAACACUAAAAAACUUUUGCCAGUGGCAGCAAACCCAGAACUACCCCAGUGAAGACCAUCCAGAGAAACAUGACACAGCUGUACUAGUGACAAGACAGGAUAUUUGUAGAGCUCACGACAAAUGCGAUACUUUAGGUCUGGCUGAACUGGGUACAGUCUGUGAUCCAUACCGGAGCUGUUCAAUUAGUGAAGACAGUGGACUAAGUACUGCUUUUACGAUUGCACAUGAACUUGGCCAUGUAUUUAAUAUGCCUCAUGAUGACAACAACAAGUGCAAAGAGGAUGGAGGGAAAAACCAACAACAUGUUAUGGCUCCCACCCUGAACUACAACACCAACCCUUGGAUGUGGUCAAAAUGUAGCCGGAAAUACAUCACAGAAUUUCUAGAUACUGGCUACGGUGAGUGUUUGCUUGAUGAACCUUCACCCAGAAGGUACCCUUUACCUCAGCAACUUCCAGGGUACAUAUAUGAUGUCAAUAAGCAGUGUGAGUUGAUAUUUGGCCCUGGAGCUAAGGUUUGCCCUUAUAUGCAGAAGCAGUGCAGAAGACUUUGGUGCAUCAAUGCAGAUGGAGCCCAUAAAGGAUGUCGCACUCAACACACGCCAUGGGCUGAUGGGACAGAAUGUGGCCAAGGAAAGCACUGCAAGUAUGGCCACUGUGUUCCCAGAGAGCGAGAAGUACCUGUGAUAGAUGGGACAUGGGGUGCAUGGAGUCCCUUUGGAGUUUGCUCACGAACAUGUGGUGGAGGCAUUAAAAAUGCUGUUCGAGAGUGCAACAGGCCUGAACCAAAGAAUGGUGGAAAAUACUGUGUGGGACGGAGAAUGAAAUUUAAAUCCUGCAACAUAGAGCCAUGCUCUAAGCAAAAGAAAGAUUUCCGUGAUGAACAAUGUGCAGUCUUUGAUGGGAAGCAUUUUAACAUUAACGGUCUACCUCCUAACGUGCGCUGGAUUCCUAAAUAUAGUGGAAUUUUAAUGAAAGAUAGGUGCAAGCUCUUCUGCAGAGUGGCAGGAAACACGGCUUAUUAUCAACUCAGGGACAGGGUUAUUGAUGGCACCCCUUGCGGCCCCGACACAAAUGACAUCUGUGUACAAGGACUUUGUCGGCAAGCUGGAUGUGAUCAUGUGCUCGGUUCCAAAGCCAGAAGAGAUAAAUGCGGUGUGUGUGGUGGGGACAAUUCAUCAUGCAAAACUGUUGCAGGGACAUUCAAUACAGUGCACUAUGGUUAUAACACUGUGAUACGCAUACCAGCUGGUGCUACAAAUAUCGACGUACGGCAGCAUAGUUACUCAGGGAAACCAGAAGAUGAUAACUAUCUUGCAUUAUCAAGUAAUGAAGGCUUCAUAUUAAAUGGAGACUAUGUUGUCAGCAUGUUUAAGAAGGAAAUCAAAGUUGGAAAUGCUGUGAUAGAAUACAGUGGCUCAGACACACCAAUUGAACGAAUCAAUUCUACAUACCGUAUUGAUCAAGAAAUAGUUCUUCAGGUAUUAUCAGUGGGUAAUUUAUAUAACCCUGAUGUUCGAUACACGUUCAGCAUUCCCAUAGAAGAUAAACCUCAACAGUUUUAUUGGAAUAUCUAUGGCCCUUGGCAACCCUGCAGUAAACUAUGCCAAGGAGAACGAAGAAGAAAACCUAUUUGCACCCGAGAGUCUGACCAGCUCAUGGUGUCUGACCAAAGAUGUGAUCGAAUUCCUCAGCCUGAUCCAGUAACUGAGUUGUGUAAUACAAACUGUGAAUUAAGGUGGCAUGUUGCCAGAAAAAGUGAAUGUACAGCGCAGUGUGGAGUGGGUUACCAAACCUUGGACAUUUCCUGCACAAAAUACAGCAAAUUGGAAGGGAAAAUUGAAAAAUAUGAUGAUCGAUACUGCAGUGGCAUUCCCAAACCAAGCUCUAGGGAAAAAUGUUCAGCAGAAUGUAGCACUGGAGGAUGGCGCUAUUCAGCCUGGACAGAAUGCUCUAAGAGCUGCGCCGGUGGCACAAAAAGACGCAGAGCUGUUUGCAUGAACACCUUCAACGAUGUCCUGGAGGACAGUAAGUGCAGUCAGCAGGAGAAGGUGACUGUGCAGCGAUGCAACGAGCUGUCAUGCCCACAGUGGAAAACAGGGGACUGGUCAGAAUGCUUGGUAACCUGUGGGAAAGGGCAAAAGCACCGGCAGAUCUGGUGCCAGUUUGGAGGAGAUCAGAUAAACGAUAGGCUUUGCAAUUCUGAGACAAAGCCAGAUUCCAUGCAAGUUUGCCAGCAGCAGGAAUGUGCAGCAUGGCAAGUGGGACCAUGGGGCCAGUGUACUGCAACAUGUGGGCAGGGCUAUCAGAUGAGAGCAGUGAAGUGUGUGGUUGGUGCCUAUGUAUCUGUGGUAGAUGAUAAUGAAUGCAACGCUGCCACCAAACCAACAGAUACACAGGACUGUGAAAUAGCACCAUGCCGUCUUCACCCAAGCAUCCCAGAAACAAAGCACAGUAGCCAUCGAACCCAAUGGAGAUUUGGAUCCUGGACUCCCUGCUCGACUACAUGUGGUAAAGGCACCCAGAUGAGAUAUGUCAGCUGUCGUGACGAUCAGGGGUCUGUUGCUGAUGAAGCUGCCUGCUUUCACCUUCCAAAGCCAUCAGCGACAGAAGCAUGUACAAUAACACCAUGUGGACAGUGGAAAGCUGCGGAAUGGACCUCAUGCUCUGUAACUUGUGGGCAAGGUAAAGUGACCCGGCAAGUAGUCUGCAUAGAUUACAGUGACCAGAUUGUUGAUAGGAGUGAAUGUGAUGCUGAGGAUAUUCCUGCAACAGAGCAAGAUUGUUCUAUGCCAUCAUGCCAACAGAUCAACCCUGAUUACAACAGACCAAUCCAUCCUUUCCCUUAUCCUGACUAUCGUCAAAAGAAUAACCAAGGUGGAAACCUGAAUCGAAACCAGGGGCGUGUACAUGUACAUGGGGGCAACCAGUGGAGAACUGGCCCAUGGGGAGCGUGUUCAAGUACAUGUGCUGGAGGAUUUCAGCGGCGGGUUGUAGUAUGUCAGGAUGAAAAUGGAUACACUGCCAGUAAUUGUGAUAUAAGAACAAAACCAGAUGAGCAAAGAUCAUGUGAAUCAGGACCUUGCCCUCAGUGGGCCUACGGUAGCUGGGGUGAGUGUACAAAGCCAUGCAGUGGAGGAACCAGAACAAGACUGGUUGUGUGCCAGCAUCCCAAUGGAGAAAGAUUUACAGAUCUGAGCUGUGAAAUUCUUGACAAGCCACCAGACCGUGAGCAGUGCAAUAUGCAGGACUGCUCUCAAGAUGCUGCCUGGAAUACAGGUCCUUGGAGCUCGUGUUCUGUCACUUGUGGACGAGGGCAGAAGUACCGAGACGUUUAUUGCAUGUCGAAAGAUGGGAAACAUUUAGAAAAUAAUCUUUGUAAACAACUGGCUAAACCAAAUAUGCAAAGAAAGUGUAGAGGUGGCAGGUGCCCAAAAUGGAAGACAGGAGACUGGGGACAGUGUUCAGUGUCCUGUGGGAGAGGUGUUCAACAGAGAAACGUCUUCUGCCACAUUGGUACUCACAAAACAACUAGAGAGACAGAAUGCAAUCAAUCCAGCCGACCAGUCUCUGAGCAGGAAUGUCAAACAGCUGAGUGUGCUACCUACAGUUGGGAAACAGAGGAUUGGCAAGAUUGUAGCAAAACUUGUGGCGAAGGGUCCAGAUACCGUAAAGUGAUAUGUGUGGAUCAAAAUAUGCAAGAAGCUGACAGUCUUCAUUGUGAUCCAAGUGAAAGGCCAGCUGAUGUUGAGACCUGCAACUUACCACCCUGUGAAUAUAUCUGGAUUACCGGGGAUUGGUCAGAGUGCUCUGUGACAUGCGGCAAAGGCUACAAGCAAAGGCUGGUUUCCUGCAGUGAAAUUUACACAGGGAAAGAUCAUUAUGAGUAUGGUUAUCAGAACACAGUCAACUGCCCAGGCACACAACCACCCAAUGUGCAAUCAUGCUAUCUAGGCGAGUGCCCAGUUUUGGCAUCGUGGAGAGUUGGAAAUUGGGGAAGUUGUUCAGUGAGUUGUGGAAUUGGGAUAAUGCACCGGUCGGUUCAGUGUCUUACAAACAAUGACCAGCCAAGUACUUUGUGCCUUGAAGAUCUGAAACCUGAAGAAAGAAGGGCAUGCCACAAUAUUCAUGACUGUGAAUUACCAACAAACUGCAAAGAAGUAAAACAGCUCAAAGUCAUCAGUGAGGAUGGAGAAUAUUACCUUAAUGUUAAAGGAAGGCUCUUAAAGAUAUAUUGUGCUGGCAUGGAAUCUGACAGACCAAAAGAGUAUGUGACUCUAGUGAAGGGCGAAGCAGAGAAUUUCUCAGAAGUCUACAGCUACAGAUUACAUAACCCAACUGAAUGUCCAUACAAUGGAAGCAGAAGAGAAGAUUGCCAGUGUAGGAAAGAUUACACAGCAGCUGGCUUUACUACCUUCAGCAAAGUAAGGCUGGACCUGAAUGCUAUGCAAAUAAUAACAACUGAUUUACAGUUUGCACAGACACGUGAUGGACGACCUGUUCCUUUUGCCACUGCUGGGGAUUGUUACAGUGCAGCAAAGUGCCCACAGGGUCGCUUUAGCAUCAGCCUCUCUGGAACUGGUCUAUCAGUAACACAAGCAUCAAAAUGGCUUUCCCAGGGGAAUUAUGCUGUUUCAGAAAUUAUAAAAUCACCAGAUGGCACCAAAGUAAUAGGGAAAUGUGGUGGUUACUGUGGAAAAUGUACGCCAUCAUCUGGAACUGGCCUCGAUGUCCAAGUGUUUUAGCAAUGGAGUUCUGAAUGCCGGGAGCUGAAGCAAGACAGAUGAAGGAUAACGAAGCAAUACCUCUGGCCUUCCACUUUUGUACUUCUUCCUCUUUGUGUGUAUCUGAAUAUGUGUAUGGGAUGCAUGCGUGUCUGUGCUUGUUUGCAUGUGUGUGUGUGUGUGUGUGUGUGUGUGCGUGCGUGUGUGCGUGCGUGCAUGUGUCAUGUAUAUUCUUAAUGUUGUAAAGUAUAAUAUUUAUGUCUGGAAUUAUUUAUUUUUGAUUUAAUAUUUUUGUACGUAAAAUGUUUAUAUUAAGGCUGCUUAUCCUGUGUUUUUUAUUAUAAUUUUUUAAAUCCUGCAGUCACACCACUGCAUUUUACGUACUCUACAUUAUAUGUAGCAUUAUGACAAAAGUGAUACUUUUAUUGUCACUAUACUCAAUUGUUUACCUUUGAUCAGUAACUUUUCUUCAUUGUUACAGGCUGCACUGAUCUUUGUAAGGUGCUAAAUGGUUUUCAUUAGGUAUUUUUGGCAUUUUAGAAAAAAAAAUUUAAAAGGAGAGAGAGAAUAUGAUGAUGUUUUUUAAAAUGUGCAAGUCCAUCAGUGUUAUGCAGGGACUCAGUGAAAACACACUACGAUGACAUGGCUUUAUCAAAUAGUUGUGAAUUAGGAUUUGAUUGUUUUUGUUUUGUUUUUAUUUGUUUUGUUUUGUUUUUUUAAAAAAGGGAAACAACCUCUUUUGGCCAGUGUAUUAACAAGCACUGGCUUGGUGCUAGCAUGAUAAUAUUUAUUAAAAUACUUUGUUACAAGCUAAAUCCUGUGCCACGUUACACAGCAAUGGAAGAUGAAUAAAUUUGGGUAAAUUGAGAGCACAGCCAAAUAUUAGCCAAGGUUUUGCACUGGAUAGCAGGACAUAAAGUUCUACUCAUGCAGAAGUAUGGCCUGUCCCCCUCUCACCUUCCACAGUCGUCACCUUCCUGCCACAAGGCUCCUGUCAUCUGAGAACUCCCAGGUGUCCCCCAGAGUCCAUAUCUUUGUAGUUGUUGUAUGGCCAGCUAUAAGAGCAUAGCCGGUCUUUCCACCACCCUGUCAAUGUGUGCCACUACAUGGCUGUAUCAGGGUGCCACUGGAGGAAGGUGAGUUUUGAGGGGGAAGAGGGGACUUGGUAUGAGGGACGUAUGGAAGUCUUCCCUUUGCAGUGGCCAAAAACAAAGCAAAACUGACUCGUGCUAGUAGAGUAUGUCACUAACAGGAUCUCAGCCCUCAAAUGUAGAACAGUGAUUUUUUAAAAAAAACUGUAUUCAAGGGAAUCUUAGUGUUCUUCAGAAGUUCAUGCAUAAAUUUAUUCCCCCAAAGAAAAUAUCAUGGCGUAGCAGUAGGGUUCAUUAAUCUUGUGAUUCCAUAAGUUUAUUGUUUGCAGUUAAGAAUAUGUUCCAAAAACUCUCUGUAAGACACAGGGGGUCUGAAAGAAGAAAGUCUGAAAACCACUGGUUUUAAGGGUCAAGUACAUUGUGACUGGAGGUUGCCAAUCAGUGCUAGAUUUAACUCCUCACUCUGUUGUAACUGAAACUGAUUCAGAGGGGGGAAAAUCAUAGUUUUAUUUAUUUAUUUACUUAGGCCUAAUAAACAAAUGUAUUUCCUGAAAAUUAUAUUAAUUUCAUAGCACGCCUUCAUUUCAUCCAUAAUAGCAGCCCUGCAGGGUAGCUGUGCCAGUCUGUUGCAGCAGAAAUAGCAGAGGCACAUGAAGGACUAACCAGCUUUACUUGGCAUAGGCUUUCAUGGAGUCCAGCUCUCUUAAUUCAGUGCAAAGCUUAUGUCUUUUGGAAUUAUUCCUUCACUACCCAGAAUGAGGCAGGAACCACAUGUUCUUCAAUUCUUGCUGAAGACUCCAAACCCCCUUGUGCUAUGUUAUUCUUUCUAGCCAAGCCCAUGAAUCAGAUUUGGAAAGAUUAGCACCUCAGAAAAGAAAAUGUACCAAGUACACACAGAGAGACUGAAUAAUGUGUAAAUUUACAGUACAGAUUAACAGAAGAAUAAACUAGUAACCCAUAGCUAACUAUUGAGUUGUGUGUGGAUUGAUCCUGCAUCUCCCAAGAGAUAAAUAAUACAGCACUCAUUCUCUGGUCAGUACAGAGAGGAAAUCCAUUUCAUUUGGGACUUACUCAAGCCCAAUAUCCAUAUUUUUGAGUGGGAUGGUUGCCAGCUACUGUGAAACUGCUGCCUGCAGUACCAGAGUCCCAAAAGCUUAAUGAAUAUGGAUGGACUACUCCAUUCUGCUGCUCCACAAAUUUCAUUUAGUGAUGCAUUAACUGAAAAUGCCAUAGUAGCAGCAAUCAAUCUAGCUGAAUGCACCAGGAUUUUACAUCGCCACUUUAACUUUUUAGACUCCUACACUGGAAACAUACAGCUCCUUAGCUGUCUUGCCAAAGUAGACUUCAGUGUAACCUAUCCAGUGGUGGAUUUCAUGUCCUGUGCAUCUGUUUUAUUAUAUAGCAUCUGUUUUAUUCUAGCAGUGAUGCUAGUUCUUCUCUGUGUGAUGUUUCAGAUUAAGUCAGAAAAGAGGCAAGUGAAAUUCUUGUGAUAGGUAAAAAUGGUACGUCCAGUUUUAAAACUACUUAUCUCUUGGUAAAAGAGCACAAGAGCUGUCUAACAGAUAGUGCUGAAAUUUCAGAGACUUACUAGCAAUAACCUCAGUCAGAAAAGUACUUUCAGAUAAAAUAGCCUUGAUGGUUAUUGUCCUUAUAAGAGGAAAAGUUUCCAUCAGCACAAUGUGAAAACGCCAUGAUGGAGAUCUCUUGGCAAGCAUAAUAAUGUUGCUCCCCUCAAAAACCAUUCACCAUGGUGUAGUGGUUUGAAUGUUGUACUACAACUCUGGAGACCAGGGUUCAAAUAUUCACUUGGCCAUUGGAUGGCCUUAGGCAAAUCACACUCGCUCACAGACAAAUGCAAAGAAAAAAACCCUCUGAACAAAUCUUGCCAAGAAAACCACAUGAUAGGGUUCCCUCAGGGUUGCCAUAAGUCAGAAAUGACUUGAAGGCACACAACAACAAUGCAGAUGUGAAGACAGCAAGUCUUGUCUUCUUAUUUAAUCACCAGUGACACAGGGUUGCUAUCUAACAUUUUAAUGUAUUCAAUCUCAGACCUAAAUCUAGUCCAGUUUAAAGGAAAGAGAGAAUGUAUUUUAUGCCUGGUGACAAAUUACUCACAGAAUUAUCUCAUGCCAGUGAAUGAAAGCUUUCUAUGAUACUUUAUCCACUCUUUUGAUGAAGUGAUGCCUUGACAAUGUUAUCAUAUUCAUUACUUCUUCUAAGACUCCUAAAGUCUGGCUAGCUGUCCACUCAGCCUCCAUGCAGCUGAAAGAAACCUUGCAGAGGCAUGAUCACAGACUGAACCUUGAUCUGCCCUAAAAGGAAGAAACCAUGGGACAUCAAUUAUCUAAGUUAAAAUUUCUGAAAACUACAACCUACAAGAAUAUUUUGCUAUCAGGAUUAUUAUUAUUAUUAUUAACCUUUAUUUAUAAAGCGCUGUAAAUUUACACAGCGCUGUACAUAAAUUUUUUAAUCAGACGGUGAGAUUGCUUCUCCUCUCUUUGCUUUCCUUAACACUUUUGCUAUUACUAGUUUAGGAAUAUGCCAGGCAAUAGCAGACUUUGAGGUCAUGGCAAAAUCAGCACUAUGUUCCUCAAGUCAUGCACACCAUUCGAUGGUAAUGAGGCCAUUUGUAAUUUUCUCUGGAUGCCUACUUGCCAACAUCAAUUUGAAAAACAUCAUUUGGAUCUGUCUGAAUAUUUUGUAGUGUAAAAUCUGUUGUCCUAGGUGGAUUAGAUGUCUGCCAAGGAAAGCUUAUGCCAAUUAAAAUGUGUUAGUCUUUAGGGUUUGUUAAUCUUUAAGGUUCCACAGGAUUUGAAACAGAAUUGCAAAAUCAUUUUGUCAUACAAACCCACAAACAAAGAUUCUAAAACAAAUGUGGGGGGGGGGGGAAUCAAGGCCAGUCUAUGAACUUCUGUUUCCCUAGAAACACACAGAUAUAAAACAUCAACAACUUGUAAAUGUAAAGGAGACAUUUAAUAAACAUAGGUUUCAUUUUAAAUUAUAUUGUAAUAUUAUUAAUAAUAAUAUUAAUUUGAAAGAAAAUUUAAACUACUGUAUAUACUCAUGUAUAAGUCUAGAAAUUUUAGUCAAAAAAUUGAUCCUCCCUCCCCCAAAUCUGGUUUGACUUAUCCACGGGUCAGUGUAAGUACUGUACUGCAACUUGUUAUCAAAAAAAUUAUUUGUGAGCUGCCUUGGGACCCUUUCGGGAGAAAGGCAAAUAGAAAUCAAAUAAAUAAAUAAAUAGUAACCAUCUCCUUCUCUGAGUAGAGCGUUGAAAGGCAAGAGUUUAAUCCCUCCCAGGAGCACAUAAAAGAAGCACCAAACAACACCACUUCUGACCUUUUUGAAUGCCUGGGUUGGAAAAUGACAGCAAUGGCAGUUCUUUGGCACUUCCCUCAAAGGAUAUUCCUCAUGGAUAUCAAAAUCUGUGGAUGCUCAAAGCCCAUUAAAUACAAUGGUGUAGUAAAAUGGUGUCUCUCAGAUAAAAUGGCAAAAUCAAGAUUUAUCUUAUGCAAUUUAUAUUUUUCUGAA